AAGCCUUGUGGGCUCGGUGUUGUUUUCGGCUGCUAAGUCCGCUGGACCACAGAAGCCUGGGGCUGCUAGGAAGGCUGCGGGGUCGCAGGGCCCCGACUGACGGAGCAGGGCAGGGGACAUGGUCUCUGCCGCUCCAUUCGUGGGUUGAGGAGAGACCGCUCUGGUAGGGUGGCAGGCCAGCCACAGCGCAGGGCGCCGGCCAGAAGGGGUGCGUUGUCGUCCUGUACUGCUGCUGAAUGUCGGCCCCAGAGGAUGAGGAGGGGCUUUUGCCACUCACCCAGAGAUGGCCCCGAGCGAGCAAGUUCCUACUGUCUGGCUGCGCGGCUACCGUGGCCGAGCUAGCUACCUUUCCCCUCGAUCUCAUAAAAACCCGACUCCAAAUGCAAGGAGAAGCUGCCCUUGCUCGGCUGGGAGACAGUGCAAGAGAAGCUACCCCCUAUAGGGGCAUGGUGCGCACAGCCCUGGGGAUUGUCCAAGAGGAAGGCUUUCUCAAGCUUUGGCAAGGAGUCACACCUGCCAUUUACAGACACGUAGUGUACUCUGGAGGUCGAAUGGUCACCUAUGAACAUCUCCGUGAAGUUGUGUUUGGCAAAAGUGAAGAUAAGCAUUAUCCCCUUUGGAAAUCAGUGAUUGGAGGGAUGAUGGCUGGUGUAGUUGGCCAGUUCCUAGCCAACCCAACCGAUCUAGUGAAGGUUCAGAUGCAGAUGGAAGGAAAAAGGAAACUGGAAGGAAAACCACUGCGAUUUCGUGGUGUGCAUCAUGCAUUUGCAAAAAUCUUAGCUGAAGGAGGAAUACGUGGGCUUUGGGCAGGCUGGGUACCCAAUAUACAAAGAGCAGCACUGGUGAAUAUGGGAGAUUUAACCACGUAUGAUACAGUGAAACACUACCUGGUACUGAAUACACCCCUUGAGGACAACAUCAUGACUCACGGUUUAUCUAGUUUAUGUUCUGGACUGGUAGCUUCUAUUCUGGGAACACCAGCUGAUGUCAUCAAAAGCCGAAUAAUGAAUCAACCACGAGAUAAAGAAGGAAGGGGACUUUUGUAUAAAUCAUCUAUUGACUGCUUGGUUCAGGCCGUUCAAGGAGAAGGAUUCAUGAGUCUCUAUAAAGGCUUUUUACCAUCUUGGCUGAGAAUGACCCCUUGGUCACUGGUGUUCUGGCUUACUUAUGAAAAAAUCAGAGAAAUGAGUGGAGUCAGUCCAUUUUAAGCCCUUAAAGAUACAGUGUUCAGUAUCAUUGAAAUGUGGGCAUCUGCAACACACCCCCCUAUUAUUUCUACCUCUUUAGGAAGACACCUUACUCUUCAGUGACUGUGAUUUAUAGGGGGCAGCACUUUAUUUUUCUCUGGAAACCCAAGUUCUCUUUGACUCCUCUUUUUGUUCAAGAGUAAUCUGGUUGGAUCACUCCGGCCACCCAAUGAGACCCAGCAGGGCACUUUCGAAAGAAGAAUGCAAUCCUGACCACUUCCCUUGGGAGCUCUGACCUCUGAGACGUUACUCUGUGCCGAAGAGCCUGCUUAGAGAAGUGCCAGGAGGGAGACGGCACCUCAGACCCGAAGUAGACAAUAGGAAUGGGGAAGGAUGUGUACAGACAGAGCGAUUAAGGAAUAUAUUUAAUCUGUUAUGUCUAAUUUACACUUGAUAAUUCAUCUUUCUGUUGUUGUUCAAGUGAAAAAUACUAUAAAUUAAAGAGAGGUGAAUGAAAAUUCAUGAAUAAACACUUUAAAUUUCCCUAGUGUUGAAGGAAGUUGAUGUACCAUUUCUUGCCAGGAAGAUGAAAAAAAUCAAGUUGGCAUGAUGUUUGGAUUUGAAGGAGAGAAGCUGCCUUCUGUCAGCACCCCAUUUUUAGUUAGAUCUGCGGUAAUUGGUCAGCACUCCACCCACAUGCUAAGGACUUGCUGACAGCAAUGGACUCUGAAUCUUGAUGAAAACAAGAGUAUUUACUUUGUUACACAUCCCGCUACAACUUGGAUUUGUUUCUCAAGAAAUCUCAGUAUGUUAAAAAUCCAACUUAUUUGAUUUAAGUACAGGUGGAUGAUAUUUUUUAUAAAGCAAUUUGUUAUCAAAACCUUUCAGUGGCAUUUUAAAAGCAAGGCUGAGAUUAAGUCAGCCAAUCUAACAUGCAUCCUUUCUCCUUUCCCCUUCCUUCCCUAACACUAAAGACUCUGGAAAGAGACAGAGAACUUACAAAUCAUACUGAAGCUAUCUCUAGCCUAAAACUUACUCAGUUUGACAAAGCUUCCUGCCAAAAAAGGAUAAAUAUGAACUGUCUAUGAAAUAGUUAUGUCUCCCUCCAAUCCCUGAAUCACACCCAUUUUCUAAUUUUAGAGAGAUGAGAGAUUUCUUCAGAUUCACCCAUAUUCCCCCUGCUCUCCCAGCAUCAGACAGUGGGCAUUUCUGCAUGCAUGGGUCUAGUUAUGGGUAGAGGCUGUAACUGUCAAAAUAGGAAAACUCAGAAAGCUCAGACCCAAGAAAGACCUUGAGGAUGACCAAACAGUUGUUAUCAUGGGAUGGAUGCCAUUGAACAGAAGAGUUUACAAGUGCUCUAUGGUUCACUAAUGCACAAACACUGCCAUUUAAGAGGGGAAAUGUACUUUAAAAUAUACUUUAAUGUGAUGUACUGAUUUGAAGUUGCUUAUUGUUUUUCUGUACAGUUUGCAUGGAAUCUUUAGGUGCUCUGGUUUCCCGUUGCAUUUGUCAUUCUGUAUGAACUGAGUGUUAAAUACAUUUAAAAUAAUAUGUGAAGUCCCACGUGUUCUGCAUUAGAACUGCUUGGGGAACUUUUGUUUGUUUGUUUUUAAUGUUUUGUAAUGUUUAAAAUUAAGUAAAGACUGGAUCAAAAGAACUAUA